CGGGAUGUCAUGGAGCUGCUGAGGACCCCCUCGGACCUGGAGUCUGGCAAGGGCAGUUGCGACGAGCUGGCCGAGAAAGCGCACCGGAAGGACAGGAGAGUGCUGCGGGGCGAGGACUCCGUGUCCGUCUGCACCACCACCACCACCACCGCGGGAGAGUGCAAGAGCCUCAUCAGGAAGGUGGAGCAGGAGGAGAUGCUGAGAUACCUGGAGACCUGCUACCCAGAGAUGCCGGGGAACGUGUUCGCGGGAGACGGCUCCGUGCACAGUGCCUUGGAGAAGACGAGCUCUUCUCCCGCCAGGGACAGCGCCGCUUGCCCUGACGUUGAAGACAACAUUUUUGUGGCUCCUAAAGACAGUAUCAUUGUCUGCUCUUACAAGGACAACAGCCCUUAUGACAGAUACUGUUGUUACAUAAACCCCACUGGAGUCAACUCAGACACGGAGACCAUAGUGUGA